GUCAGUCCAGUAACCACGCCUACUGGGAGAAGCAGCACAAACAGCUGCUGCAGGGUUUGUCUCCAGCGCUGCUCGAGGAGUACGGCGAGGACUAUGUGACCGAGACCAAGGAGUUGUUCCAGAGCUACGCCAGCCACGCCAACCCCGACCUGACCCCUGUCGUCGACGCCAUCGUCCAGGCGCUGCUGUCGCCACAGCCCCAGGUGCGUUACUACGCGGGACCCGGCGUGGGGCUCAUGUACUUCAUCCACAGCUACUGCCCCUCCAGCGUCAGCAACCGCUUCCUCCAGAAACUGUUUGUGAAGAAGAAGCUGAUGCCGCGCACUCUGAGGAAGCAGUCGAGCUUCGAGCUGAACCUCAGCCUCCACAACAACAACAACAACAAC